AAAAAUUAUAGUAGCCUCCCUUGGAUAAAAUCAAGAUGGCUUCUUAACUCCCAAGUAAACAAUCACUUCUGUAGUACGCUGAAGAUCUUGUUCCUACAGCAGGAAUGCUGCAGUGCCUGCCUAUUAAAGUGGACCACAUUGGGGAUUAUGUAAAUCAAAGAUGAAUACAAAAUGUAAAAGCACACCAACAGUAGGGCCUGUUCCCCAUACAUUAGGAAAGUCAGUUAAUGUGAUGACAAUAUGUCCACGUCCCCCAGCAAGCCAGAACCAGCUAAAACCAGCUGGACUUCCGCAGGCUAAGCCUGAAAGCUACUCAAGAAAAACACUUAGAAGAAACUCCUCUACUGGUUCUCUACCGUCAUCAAAAAGUAGCUCAUCUUCUAAACAAAACAGCAGAAAAGGAGCAGAUCCAAAACGAGAAGUGGUUCGGAGAAACUCUGAAAGCAGGGAGAACAUAGUAGACUCUAGUGAGAGCAGUGUUUUUGACAGAUCUUCUGAAUCAGUACUAUCUUUAAAUUCUGAACCGAAAAUAAAUAGAAAGAAAAGCUGUCCUAUAUUAACAACUACUCAAAUUUUGGAACUAUGCCAGGAAUCUGACCCACUAAAGGUGUUUGAAAUUGACCUGCAUGGGAAAGAACUUACAGAGUUUCCUGACUUUGAAAAUUUCCAAAAGUUAAGAAUUCUUGACUUAUCUGGAAACUAUCUUCAAAAUAUUUCUGGGCUAAGCAUUCUAAAAGAACUGAAAGAAUUGAAGCUUUAUGACAAUGAACUGCUUGAAAUUACUGGCCUCGACAGCUUGAAAGAUCUUUGUAGCCUUCAGCUUCAGCAUAAUAAGAUUAAGAAAAUAGGACGAGGUUUGGGACACUUAAGAAACCUUCAGUCGUUGAGGUUGGACAAUAAUGCUCUCACUACACUGGAGAGUAGAGAACUGUGUAGCUGUUCCAACAUUACAGUACUGGACCUCAGUGCAAAUAGGCUGGAAUCUCUAUCAGCUGUCACCUGCCUACCAAACCUUCUGGAACUUUUUGCUUCAAGAAACCGUUUUAAAAAGUCCAGUGAAUUGACCAAGUGUAAAAAACUACAGGAAGUUGAUCUGUCAUGGAAUAAACUGACAGAGUUAUCUGGCCUGGCCAAUCUACCAAACCUUCAAAUUUUGGAUGUCUCUCAUAAUCAACUGUCUACAAUCAAGACCGUGGGAAAACUAAGAUCACUGGAGGAGUUAAACAUUACUGGCAACCAGUUUGUAGAGUUAUCUAACUUGCCUGGUGUUUGUCCCAAAUUACAAAUUCUGCAUGUGUGUGAAAACUGCAUUAAAAAUUGGGAUGAAAUUUUUGCCUUAUCUGGUCUGCCUGAGUUGUAUGAGCUAAGUGUCUCAUCUAACCCCAUCACCAGUGAGGACAAGGAAAUUAUUACAUUUCACAAGACAAUCUGGAAAAAUCUGGCCACACUGGAGCUUUUGGAUGGGGUACACAGACAAGUUCCAAGCACCAAGACUGAUGCUCACCCUGUGAUGAGACCUAUGUCUGCUUCAAGCAUCCUCAGUGUACGACAAGUUGACUCACAAAUCAAAGCUGUUCAUGAACAGGAAGAAUCACUUCAUAAGUCUAUAGAGGCCAGACUGACUUCACUGCGAAGUCUUGUUGUGAGCCUGGAUAUUAGUACCAGUUUACCUGAAACAUUUAGAACAGCCACACCUGUAGACUUGAACAUCACAGGUGUUAAAGGUGGUUCCAGAAUUGGUGCUACUGCCGUAGACUCUACAAGAACAGGUGCUAAAGGUGAAAAUAGGACAAGUGUACCAACAGUGUCGGGUACUAAAGGUGAAAACAGGAUACACAGACCAGCACCAAAGUCAGGUGCUUUAGCUGAAAACAGUAUUCAUGCACCAGCACCAACAUCAGGUGCUAAAGAUGAGAACAGGAUUCAUGCACCAGCACCAACAUCAGGUGCUAAAGAUGAGAACAGGAUUCAUGCACCAGCACCAACAUCAGGUUCUGAAGUUGAGAACAGCACCAGAGAGCCAAUAGCUCUGAGCCCCAUUGAGCAAAAGGAAACAAAGUCAAAUUUUGCCGCCAGUCUUAAAGAGCUGAAGGCUCAGUUUUCAGACAGUGAGUCAUCGUCACCGGAACCUGAUGAUGUACCUGGCUCCAGCAGGUGUAGCAGCCGCCAUAGAAUCAAAGAGGCGAUAGCAUUUGCUGCCAGGAACUUCAAGGAUGACUUUACAGAUGAUGAUAUUUAAGUUACCCAGCAUACCUCCAUCAAUCUUAUGUAACAUUAGCAUGUGU